AUGCGGGAAAGUUAUGGCGUCCAGUCAAGCAGCAGACUACAAAGCAGUGGGGGCCAAACGUUGAAGCCAUUAGAGCCAGUGGUAGUAUAUGAAUGGACAAAUGAAAGACGAGCCUGGGAAAGAUUUGCUGAGUCGCGUGAUGCUGCAAGAUUGGUGCAAAAGGGAAGCCCGGUUGGGCAUUUAUGGCAUCCUCCUGCCCGGGCUGCUCUGCCUACCUAUGGCGAGUACGAAGCAGCAGGUCUUUUGGUAAAGGCACGCCCCCUAUUUGUGAUCUCAUCGCCAUUUGUUUUCUCAUUUUUUGUUUGGCCUAUCAUGCUUUUUGGGCCACAUGUAAGCCCGCUCGCUGAUGCGUGUAAGUCGUCAAUUCCGGGUCGCGAGCAAUUUACAGUAUAA